GGGAGAAGAUUGGAGGAGGGGGUCCUAAUUAGGAAUAAUGGUUGCUGUGGUAACAGGCAGUUCUUCUCAGUCUCGUUUAAGGUGUCCAGACCCACUGGGGAUGGGAUGCUGUGUUUGGGGAGAGCUUAUGGGCUUGCAGUUGGGAGGAGGGAGCAGGAAAAGCAGUCAGCCUUGGGGAUUUCUAUACAUCUCUCUCCUAAAAAAGGGACAGAAGGCCUGUCAAGGGAACAGGGAGUGUGUGUAGUGGUAACAGAAGCAGCGCUGAAUUGGAAGCAGACUGGGCGGUUUUGCUGCCUCUCAGGCCUCAGUUUCCUCCUCCGUAGAAUGAGGGGUUUGGACUAGGCUGCCAGGAUCCUGGGGCUAGCCCUACUUCUGAAAGCCAGAUGCGUCUUACCCGAUGCCAGGUCGCGCUGGCGGCCGCUAUUACCCUCAACCUCCUUGUCUUCUUCUAUGUGUCGCGGCUGCAGCAGCAGCGCCGGCGGGGGGGCCGGGCAGCCCGGCCCCCCCGACUCUCCCACUCAGCCCCAGACCCUCGGGUCACCGUGCUCAUCCGGGAAUUUGAAGCCUUUGACAAUGCUGUACCCGAGGUGGUGGCCUCCUUCCUGCAUCAUGACCCUACCCAGCCCAUCGUGGUGGCUGCUGACACUCUCCCCUACCCACCCCUGGCCCUGCCUGCUGUUCCCAAUGUCCGGCUGGCCCUGCUUCAGCCUUCCCUAGAUCGGCCAGCUGCUGCUUCCCAGCCUGAGACUUACGUGGACACAGAGUUUGUGGCCCUGGUGCCUGAUGGGACGAGGGCAGAGUCCCCCGGGCAGCUCCAGCGCAUGGCAGAGGAGCUGAAAAACACCCAUGCCCGACUGGUGGCUGCACCUGUGGCAACAGCAAACCCCCCCCACUGUCUGGCACUGGAGGUCAAUCUGCGUGAGUGGACAGCCAGCUAUGGCCCAGCCCCAGACCCCCCCUUCUGCGAUGCCCUGGAUGGAGAGGUAGUGGUGGUAGUCAGGACACGGGAUCUCUUUAACCUCUCCGUGCCCCUCGCCCGGCCCAUGAGCACCAGCCUCUUCCUUCAAACGUCCGUCCGAGGCUGGUCUGUGCGCCUCCUAGACCUGCCCUUUGCCCCUGCCCGGCAGCCUCCCUUGGCUACAGCCCACGCCCGCUGGAAGGCUGAGAAGGAAAGCCGUGCCAGGCGUGAUGCACUCCUGCGGACUCUGGGCAUGCGGCUGGUCAGCUGGGAGGGUGGGAGGCAGGAGUGGUUUGGCUGUGGAAAGGAGACAGCCAGGUGCUUUGAUACGGUGGUGGGUGACACCCCUUCCUACCUCUAUGAGGGCCGCUGGACGCCCCCCUGCUGCCUGCAGGCCCUUCGCGAGACCGCCCGGCACGUCAUCGGAGUCCUCGAGGCUGCCCGGGUCCGCUACUGGCUGGAAGGGGGGAGCCUGCUGGGAGCAGUGAGACACGGCGACAUCAUCCCAUGGGACUAUGACGUUGACCUCGGCAUCUACCUCGAGGACGUGGCCAACUGCGAACAGCUGCGGGGGGCUGAGGUCGGCUCGGUGGUGGACGAGCGAGGUUUCGUGUGGGAGAAGGCCGUAGAGGGAGACUUCUUCCGGGUCCAGUACAGUGAGACCAACCACCUCCACGUGGAUUUGUGGCCCUUCUACCCCCGGAAUGGCGUCAUGACCAAGGACACAUGGCUCGACCAUCGCCAGGAUGUGGAGUUCCCCGAGCACUUCCUCCACCCGCUGGUGCCACUUCAGUUUGCGGGCUUCUUGGCCCAGGCCCCCAACAACUACCGCCGCUUCUUGGAGCUCAAGUUUGGGCCCGGCGCCAUCGAGAACCCGGAGUACCCCAACCCAGCUCUCAAGAGCCUCGCAGGCAGCGGGUGACGUGGUGAGGAGUUGGUGGCUGCUCCACACCAGGAGCCAUCUCUCCAUCCUGCAUGGAGAAGAUCGAGGCUGUCCAGGAAUGCCGGGGGUCAUGGGGAGGGGUAUUCAGCAAGGGUAGCAAUAAAAGACUCCCUGCUACUGGGCUGGCCCAGA